AUGCUGCAGGGCGGGUAACAUUCUCCUGUGUUACUCCAUUGAUCUGAAGAUCAAGAUGUUCGUGGACGUAUCAGAUUCACAGUUACUGUUUAUUUCCUGUAAAGCUGAUCAAACUCUCCGCUGACGGCAUGACAGAGGUCCGGACCCCCCCUCUGUGAACCAACAGAUGGACCAUUCCGUCUGCUUAAGAACGUAGAGGGGCGGGGGCAGAGCAACAGCUGAAGUCCGUCCGUGCUGCUGGCUACACUGUUGUCAGAUUGUCACGUCCGCCUCAAAUCAGCCCCAAAGCCCCCACAGCCCCCUGCUGCCCCCGGUCAGAGCCGCGAGGACCCCCGUGACCGAAGGCUCGUCACACGGGGGGCGUGACCGCAGGCAAGCUGCUGGACGCAGAGGACGCGCAGGCGAUGCACCAGCCAAGGCCAGAGGUCAAGAAGAAGAAGCGACAGAGAGGAGUGAAGAGGUAGACCCCCCCGGAGGAGCGCUCGGGAUCUCCGCCAGAAUCACCGACAGGCUCGGUGCUGCUCUGCGAGGAGGAGGAGGAUGUGAGGGGGGACAACGGGAGCAACAACGACCCGACAUGCUCUCAGAGAUCGUGUGCAGGAGGAGCUUCCAGCUGCAGAAGCAGCGGGACGAGGAGGCUGAGGCGCGCGAGGCGGCCGCCCGCAGGACGCGCGGCUGCUCCAAGGGCUGCAGCGCGCGGAGGGCGGCGGGGGGAGGGCGCGGGAGACAGCUACGUCAUCAUCCCCGACGCGCCCACCCGCGCACGGUGUCGCUGCGCCCCGUCAACGUGAAGGGAAACCGGGCGCGCGGGAUGCGCGCUCCGAAGAACACCAACCAGUUCCUGAUGGGCGAGAAGUACCAGAUGCAGCACAUGCGCUCCGACUCGGUGGGCAGCGACUGCGGCUGCAGCUCCGACAGCGACGCGGAGCUCACGGACAUGGACUCGUACCUGGGCGCCCUGGAGAACGCCAGGGGGGCUCUCCCGGACAGCCCCAACCCCCACGGCUCCACGACGCCCCCGGGGCGCCUCGUGGUACUGCACCAGGGCGGGGAGCGCGUGGGCCUGGAGGAGGACAGCAUGCAGUACUUCCCGUCCGAGCACGACCUGCUGCAGAGCCAGAACUUCAUGCAGAAGGACUUUGCGGAGUUCUGCCACUUCCUGUGUGCAUGAAGACGACAGGAAGUGACUCUUCACAAACGACUGACCUCUAAUGAGUCCCGGUCAUGUUUUUGGAGUUUAUGUUUAACACUUUGUUAUUGUUGUACAGAAAGGAAAUGGGCGGGGAAGGGAGCUCAAGCAGCCAAUCAGCGUCACGCUGGUGACGACAGAAUGCUGCCAGUGCGCAGAAUCAGGUCACAAUAAAUGUUCUAAUGUUGGA